ACAAGCCAAAUUAAGUGGUUUUUCUUCAGGUCUUCUCUCGUUUUUAAUUCUCUCUCUCUGUCUGAACAGAGACAAAAAAAUGAACAGGGUAUUUUAAGACCAUUUUAUAAGAUUUUUUUUUUCUCACACGAAGUCGGUCUUUUUGUUUUGUAGAUAAAGAAAGCUGAAAAUAAGAUAUGGUGAUGAUCUUUAAAGGAGGAAAAAGAAGGUAGUUUUAUGCCAUUUAUGGGGUUUUCAAGAGCUCUUGGAGGAGGAAUAGUGGAAGAACAACAACAGUUAGAAAGCAAGCUUUUUGAGGGUUCUUUCAUGGCUACUACUGCUACUAACAAUAAAGUCAUCAAUCACUCAACUCAUCUAUUUGAACAGCAGCAGCAACUACAAAAUCAUCAUCAACAACAGCAAAACCAUCAGCAGCAGCAGCAGCAGCAACAUGAUCCUCGUCAUUUACAAGAGCAACAUCAUCAUCAAAUUCCUUAUGGAAUCAUGCAGUCAUCAUCAUCAUCCUCAAUCCCUGGGAACUUCAUGAGCAAAGACGCUGGAGCUUAUGACUUGGGAGAAUUGGAUCAAGCCCUUUUUCUCUAUCUUGAUGGACAAGACCCCUCCACUGUUAAUCAAGACCAAAGACAGAGUGGUGCAGGAAUGAGACCUCCAACUUUGAAUAUUUUCCCAUCUCAGCCUAUGCACGUAGAGCCAUCAAAGGCUAAUACUACUAGUGCUACUGGAUUAGUUUCUUCAGCAACUGGUGGUUCAAAGAAAUCAUCAGAACCGUCCAUGGAAUUGGCCAAUACAAGAAACGUUUCUGCACCUGGCCGUGAACCAGCUAAAGCCAUCAAGCGCGAAGGGAAACGUAAAGGUCCAACAACAUCAAGCUCGGAGCAGGAAGGACCCAAGACACCAGACCCUAAGACAUUGAGGAGACUUGCUCAGAAUAGAGAGGCAGCAAGGAAAAGCAGGCUAAGAAAAAAAGCUUAUGUUCAGCAGCUAGAGUCAAGUAGGAUUAAGCUUACCCAAUUGGAACAAGAACUACAAAGAGCCCGAGCUCAAGGCAUAUUCCUAUGUGGAGGUGGAGAACAAGGCCUUCCUGUUGGUAUUGCCAAUAUUAACUCAGAUGCUGCGUUUUUUGAUAUGGAGUAUGCAAGAUGGCUUGAGGAGCACCAUCGCCUGAUGUGCGAGCUUCGAGCAGCAGUACAAGAGCAUAUACCCGAAAAUGAGCUCAGGCUCUUUGUUGACAACUGUUUGGCACAUUAUGAUGAGAUGAUGAAUCUCAAAAUCAUGGUUGCGAAGACCGAUGUCUUCCAUCUAGUUUCCGGCAUGUGGAAGACUCCGGCCGAGCGGUGCUUCAUGUGGAUGGGAGGUUUCCGCCCAUCUGAGCUCAUCAAGAUAAUAGUAGGUCAAAUCGAGCCAUUAACGGAGCAACAAAUCUUGGGAAUAUGUGGUUUGCAACAAUCAACACAAGAAAAUGAAGAUGCUCUCUCUCAAGGGCUUGAAGCUCUCAAUCAAUCUCUUUCAGAUACCAUAGCUUCUGAAUCAUUGAGCUACCCUCCUAAUAUGGCCAACUACAUGGGCCAAAUGGCUGUAGCAAUGAACAAGCUCUCCACUCUUGAAGGAUUUGUUAGACAGGCAGAUAAUUUGAGGCACCAAACAAUUCACCGGCUGCAUCAAUUACUCACAACCCGUCAAGCCGCAAGGAGUUUGCUUGCUAUUGCCGAGUACUUCCAUCGUCUUCGAGCUCUCAGCUCCCUCUGGUUGGCUCGUCCCCGGCGAGAAUAAUGAAUGAUAGAAACCCUAGAUCCUUAGCACCGCUUUUAUAUCUCUUAGUAUCACUCCCCCUUAAUCAUCAAAUGUGUCUUCUAUAUUUCCUUUCCUUGUCUUCUACAGAGAGAUGUAUAGAUAGACCAAAUAGCGGAUUAAAAAAAAUUUAAGUGGUAGAACUCUCGAUUUCUCAGUUGAUCAA